UUUUAAGCAGGAAGCACGAGGCCUUUGACGAUAUUAUUAUUGUUCGAUGUAUUAGUGUUGGUACCGGUUUGACGUACCAGCCAAUUAUGGAUGUAAUUCCAUGGGAUUUGGAAGAUGUCAGAACGAGGAAUGAGGAGGAACAGCAGAAUAAUGACUCGGCGAGAAUAGAAACGAUUGAUGAUAAAUGCACGGAGCUUGAUCACGUUGAAUUGAUAAAGUUAACUAAAGAAGCUAUACGUAAUAUUGUUGAAAGCGACCCGCUGCUUUCUGGCCUACCUGCGGAUGUUACGAUCGAAGAGCUCAAAGCUCAAAUCGCAGUUGCACAAGGACAAGCGAUAACUCUGUAUUUAAAUCGUGGAGAACUACCAAGACUGGGAAUAGUGGUACCACCUCAUAGUACUACAGUGUUAGAUCUUAAGAAAGCUAUAAAACGCCAUACGAAUUUGUCUUUGAAGAGAGAAAAGAUUAAGAAGAAAAUAAGCUGGAAACAUGUUUGGAAGAAGUAUCAUUUGUGCUUUGAUGAUGUAAGACUAACAGAUGACAAUGAAAAUAUAAGAGCUUAUGGUAUUACGAACAAAGCAGAGUUAUAUUACAUAAAAAGGCACAGAGAAAAGAAUAAGCUCAUAAGACAUGCUUAACCUAUUUGUAACUUAUAAAGAUGUAUUUUUGUCAAAUAAAAUAAUAUAUUUUACUAUAUAUGUGA